AUGGCUCCUUUGAUCGUCCGGCCAGUACAGGGGGUCCCACUGCUGAAGUCUGCCGUCGAGGUGAACAGGCGGCUGCAGCUGCCGGAUGGUGACUUGGAAGGGAUGAACGAGGCCAAAGACGCUGUGCAAUAUUGCGUGCGGCGUGCUUUGCUCGCGGAGUUUCUGGACCUUUGGCAAGACACGGAGUUCACUCAAGAGCAGCAGUGCAUGGACGAGCUUUGGGCGUUCCUGGUCAACGACAAGUCAGACAAGCCAACGGCCUCAGAUGGGCUCAGUGGGAGGUAG